AUGGGGAGGGCUCCUUGCUGCGACAAAGCCAACGUGAAGAAAGGCCCAUGGUCACCUGAAGAAGAUGCAAAGCUCAAGUCAUAUAUAGAGCAGGAUGGCACUGGUGGUAACUGGAUUGCUUUGCCUCAAAAAAUUGGCCUUAAAAGAUGCGGCAAGAGCUGCCGCCUUAGAUGGUUAAAUUAUCUUCGCCCCAAUAUUAAGCAUGGAGGCUUCUCCGAAGAAGAAGAUAACAUAAUCUGUAGCCUCUACAUUAGUAUUGGAAGCAGAUGGUCUAUAAUUGCAGCACAGUUGCCGGGAAGAACAGAUAAUGACAUAAAGAACUAUUGGAACACAAGGCUGAAGAAGAAGCUUCUUGGUAAGCAGCGCAAAGAGCAACAGGCCCGUAGAAGUAGUGGCCUGAAGCAAGAAAUGAAGAGAGGAAAUGGAAAUCCCAUGGUUCCAGCUGAUAACAAUAACCAAAACCCUUAUUGGCCGGAGCUGCCUGUACUCGAUCCCAUACCAUACUCUAACCAAGAACCGCAUUUCAAUGACCAUGCCUCUAUCAGGAAAUUACUCAUCAAGCUUGGAGGAAGAUUUUCUGAUGAUGAUCAAGUGAAUUACAAAGCUAUAAAUCCCCAAUUCCCACUUGAUGUAUCCUAUACUCAGCAACUUUAUGAUGAUCAGUCCAUCAAUAUCUCCUCUUCUGCUUCAAUGGAGGAGGCCUUGAAUAAUACUGAUGCUCAAUUUGCACAAACACAGUACAACAAAGAUGGGACUGCAGGUUUGCAACUGUUGCAAGGACAAAGCAGUUUUCCUGCGGGGUUUGAGCAAAUGGUUAGCAGCAACCCACCAAGACUGGACGGGCUGGAGUUUCUGCUAGGUGAGGAUGUGGUUAGUAACAGAAUAAGGACUAGUUAUGGUACUGAAAGCAUGAUUGAUUGCGGCGAGAUGACCUCUCUGAUUUGUCCUCCAGAUGCUUCAAAUUGUGAAGGGAUACAACAAAGGUUGCUGCAAGAAUGUCCUUAUGUUGAGCUGAGGUACCCUGGGCCACUUUAA